AUGUCAGAAGAAAGUAAGUUUUUGUUGCCUUUAUUUUUAUUUCAGAUAUUCAUGAGUUGGAAAUUGAUUAUGAUGAAGAAGAUUCUGAUGAGACGUCAGACGAGGAAUAUGAAGAUAAUAGUGAAACAGAUCUAGAGGGAGACGAUGAUGAAACAAUCGCCAACAAUGUUCAAGACUCUGUGAAGAGCGUGGCUUCAUUGAUUGCACAUAAUGAGGCUUACCAGGUCCUUAUCAUUAAAUUGACUAAGAAAGUCGGGCAGUUAUUGCAGAACAAUCGUGAUCAGCAGGUAACUCAUGCGUCCAGAAUGUACAGCUUUUAGAGGAAACUCAAGCAGGUGAUCAACAAUGGAGUAGUGCAAGGAUUAUCGACUUCUCGAGUUCUGAGGAGUGAAUUUAAUCCUCCAUACUUCCAUGAUGUGUUUGGAAUGGUGAGGAAACAUGUGUGUAUUGAAGUUUUUUAGGUACCCGUUGCCAAUGUCGAGAGCGUGGCAAUUACAAAUGAGUCUCCUUUAGACGUCUUGAUGCGAGAACCAGCUCCUUGUAAGUCAGGAAUUUUCUUGGAUGCUUUUUAUUAUUUUAGGGUCAAAUGAAGAAUUAGUAACAUUGCGAGAUGCUGUUUCGUGCCAAGUCAUUGAGAAGAAAACCGAAGAAGUAGAAGCAAAGUAAGUUGAUUGGUAUGCUUUAUUUAAAUUUUAGGAAACAAACUCUGCGAUACAAGAUUAAAAAUUAUCAUGCGGAAGAUGGAAUUGAGCAGUUAAGGAAAUGGAAGGUCGAGUUUGAAGCCGUGCAGAAGAGGCUAGAUUACCUUAAGUAUGUGUUCCUUAUUUUGUAUUAUGUUUACAUAUUCAGAAGCCUUCCAAUAGAUGAAUUACUCGAAAAUGCAAAGUUUGAGGAGUUAGAUUGGGCUCGAAUUUCAGUUAAAGAUGUAAGUUAUAAACGUGUCUUUAAUUAUGUCAGCAGUUUGGGGGCACUCGGACAAUUAUGCAGUUGAAAAUGAAGUGGAUGAAUGAUCAAAGUCCCAGAUGGAAUAAGGAUCCUUGGACAGAAGAAGAGAUCGAAAGUCUUAAAAGUAUUACACAAUCCCCAUGGAUUAAUUGGGAUUUCGUUAGUGAAAAAUUGAAAUCGAAAAGAUCGCCCUUCCAAUGUUUCGAAAAGUUCAUGGAGAUACAAAAACAGAAUCGCGAGAAGAGACCCUGGACUACUUCAGAGGACGAGAAAUUGUUGUCUUUGAUCCAGACUUUUAAGUUCGGUGAAACAAUAAACUGGAAUCGAGGUAUUUUUUAUAAAUAGUUUUGUUUCUUGAGUUUUUAGUUGCUGCCCAUAUGCCCGGUCGAAAUAAUAUGCAAUGUAAAAUACGGUAUACUAGAUCUCUGGAUCGGACUUUGAAAAGGGGCCGCUGGGGCGAAGCCGAAGAUCUGGUGGGUCUUUUUCUCUUCCAUCUAUGUUUUUAGUUACUUACCAGUGCAGUAAACAAGUAUGGACCUCAAGAUUGGGAUCGGAUUGCCAGUCAAGUCCCUGGUCGUUCUUCUCUACAAUGCAGAGCCAGGUGGAUAAAUUGUUUGGAUUACAAAAAAAGAAAUGCACCCUGGAGUGUGGACGAAGAUGAAGCUGUUCUGAUUGGAGUGAAAGUCUUUGGGAGAAGUAAGAUAUGAUGGGAAGACUAAGAUUAUUACAACUUCCAGAUCAGUUUUCAAAAAUAUCCAAAUUAUUGCCGGGAAGGAACAGCUAUGAUAUCAAGAACCGAGUGAGGACAUUGCUCAGAUGGAAGAUUGUGGUAAGAAGAAAGUAGUUUAACAACGUCGUCGUCAUUCUUUUAAGGCUCUCUUGGAAUGUCAAGGAAAUCGGCAAAGUUUGUCUGUUCCCAAAAGAAAUGACAGUGCCCGAAUAAAGAAGUUCGGAGAGAUCGCCCGAUUGUCAAAUAAUAUGAACAAAAGGGGGAUUAUGUUGCACAAACGGAUGGGAUACGGUACAUUCGUGGUCAGCGAGGAUGGAGAAUGUGAUGUGGAUUACAGUAUGUCUUUCUUUGAGAUUAUUUUUGUUUUAGGCCAAAUGAAGGUUGAAAUGUGCAAUAAGUUUGGGUAUCAUUACAUUGCCCGAAAAGGAAGAUGGUGCAGAUUGGCCAAGAAUCCAAAUGAAUAUGGAAGUAAUGAGUUAAUGGAAGAAAUAAAACGUUUGCCAGAUGAUAAGAAGAGGAUUGUAAGUUGCCUUUUACAGUAAUUUGUAGCGUCUACUUUUAGUUAGAGAGAUUCUUGGAAGAGAGAGACGACAGAGAAGGAAGACUUGAGAAUGCGGAGAUUGAUGAGGAGGAAGAGGAAGCUGUGAUGGCCAGAGUCUCCCAAUUAAUGGCUGAUAACUUGGAAGUCGAUGAGAAGUAUGUCGAGACAUUUAUUCAAGAUUGGUUUAGGGAUAUCGAAUGGUUCCACAAAAAUACAUUGAGUAGAAAACUUACGACCAAAAAAAGAGCCAGUGUAAAUAAGGCAUUAAAAUCAGCAAAGAAGAGACGGAGAACAAGCAAGAGGAAUGCCGUCCGGUCUGAUUUUGGGAUGUAUAUAUCAGAUUUGGCCCCCACAAGGUACUCGGUGUCUGACAGAAUGGCUGAUGAGUUUUGUUAUAAUGUAAAUAAACUGCCGAAGGUAUGUUCUUGGGUCAUACUGUAACAUGAUCUUCUAGUGUGAACGCCGCGGAUUUAUUCUGAAUCAAAUGGCCGAUUGUGUGGCCAGAGAAAUGGACACUCAGACAAAGAGAGCCUUCGCCAAAAUACCGAGGGAGAUUCCGUCAACCCGGGUUGUGGAUUACUUACAAAAGGUAAUCAAUCUUUUAGUUACAUACGGGGUGCUUCAAUUUCCAGAAAGUUUUUGUGAAUCUCUUUGAACUCCUUGAAGCUAUCGGGAAAAGAGCACAAAGAUAUUUGCAAAAAAAACCCGGAAUGUUGCUUGAAACACUUUGUAUUUUUUUAGGAGUUGAGUGUUGAGAGAUGUUCUUUGGCGAUCUCGAAUUCUUCUGAGAAUCCAGCAAAGUACACAUUGGACAUGAAGAAUUUAUUUUCCUCAGUUCUCCCUCCGGCUGCACCUACUUUAAAUUGUUUACUGUAUUACAAGGUAACUAACAAAGGAAUGGUGUGAACUGUUCGUGAGCUUCCAAUAUGAGACCCACAAAUUCUGAAAAGAGCACGUAAAAUUUAGUAAGCAUCUAUUUUUCUACCUGCCGGAUGGUCUCGGGACGGUCUGUUUUUAUCGGUUAUGAUAUACUUAUGUUACAGUAAUUCUAAGAAUUUGGUUUUCAAAAAAUUGAAUGCCCAAUCACCAAGAUAUGUCAAGGAUUUGAGGUCAUUGUCUUUUUUUUUAAGAUGCCGUGAGACAUAAAAUUCGAAAAAGGGCAAAUUUAUGAAAAUUUAUACCUUCAGGUCAGAAUUUGGGGAAAAUAUUCUGGGCAUUUGUUAAACACGUGUCUACAGUCAUUUUGAACCAAUAAAUUCAAAAUCGACUUUGUCGUAAAUAUACCCUGACGCAGGGAUCCAAAAAUAGUCUUUUCAACUUUUCUUGCAGAAUUUUAAGAAAAGAUGAAAAUUUAGCAUCCUUUUCUGAAAACCCGAAAAAAUGUGCAAGAUCCUAGACAACCUUUUGGAAUGGUCCAGAAACAUGUUUAACAUACCGGUAGAUUGACAUCUGUCAUCUUGGGAGUCUCAUGUUGAAAGCUUACGGACCGUGCGCACCAUUCCCUUGGAAGACAAUCCUAUUACGGUAUUCGUUCAGGAACAAGUAAGAAGAUCUUUGAUGGCGGAUGCAUCACGUUUAUUCACAAGGGCUCCGGAUCAGGGUAAUAUUGCAAGUGACACUUUAAGUGAUGGUAUUCUUGACAUAAAACUUUCUGAACAGAUAGCAAGUUCGCGGGAAUAUCUUGUCUUAAAGGUGAGUGAAUAAUUGAAUUUAAUUAAGAGAUACCUGUAUUUAGUCACGGAUUUUUAAGUUAUUUGUAUGGCCAAUGAUUUUGAAGAAGUCUUUGGAAAAUGGAGAAUCAAUUGAGUUAAGAGAAAAACUGAGGGCGAUGAACGCAAAAAGAAGGACACAGUUGAUCAAGAAUAUGGAAAGCAAAGGGCUCUCGGUAAAGGAGCGAGCUUGUAAGUGAAGAAAGGGUGGUUUAAAUAGUUGCAGACCAAUGGGGUACUGUGGACCCAGAUCCAGGAUUGUUUGAUAAAGACCCCAAUGAUGGUUUACUCAAGGAAUUAAACCACGGAAGACCUUGUCCGGAUUAUUUUAACCCAAAACUUUCAAGGAAAGAUGUUCUCGAAAGUCCAAGGAAGGCGGUGAAAGCUCGGAGAAAGAACUUCAAAACUCAGCCUGGAACCCUUGGUCAUGUUAUUUUGGGAGAGUCGAUGACCAUCCGGGCUGCUCCUUCAGUGGCCCGGUCUUACACUCCUAGAUGGGCUAGAACCAGCAACGCUCUCUUUGAUGUAAAUAUGAUGAAGGCUGAAGAUGUAAAUAAGUUAACCCUCAAGGAUCUCAUGCUGUUGGACGAGACGGAACGAAGUAGGUGUAAUCAUUUUAUUCGAGCACUAUUUCUAGGAAAAGUGGCUUCAAUCAUCCGAUCCAACGCAAAGAAAUCUCAGGAACCACAAGCGGGUAGUAGUAAUGAACCUUAA